ACUUUUUUCUUCUCCAUCGAUUGAAUCCAAUCUCCACCGUUGAAGUCCCCAGAAGCUUCAAUUUGACGGUGACCCAUCUUCAAUUUCUACGUUAAUUGAAUCAGCUGAAAAGUAGUUGUUGAUGUUGUAGAGAUAGAGAGAGAAAAAGGCUCUUUGAUUUGUGUCUUGGAGGCAAAGAAUUUCAACAAAAUCAUCAGAAAAGUCUUUGAUCGGAAGUGGUUUAAGUGUUGGUGGUAAGUAUGAAUGCGGUGGGAAGACAUGGGCAGAGAUCCGGUUCAUCGGGAGCUCAUCAUCAGCGUCAGUACUCCGAUAACUUUUUGGAGGUCACUUCUUCUUCAUCUAACGGCCGAUGGCUGCAAUCUGCCGGUCUUCAGCACCUCCAGCAACCGUCUUCGAAUACUUCUUCUUCUCAGGAUUUUGGCUACUAUGGUGGUGGUGGUGGAGCUCAAGGUACGAGAAUGUACAACAAUAAUAGGAAUGUUAGUGCACAGAGGUCGUUAAGCGGAGGGACUGAUUUAUUUGCUGAGCCUUUGACACCGCCGGGACGCCAGAAAAAGCACGUUGGUGGUGGCGAUGACCCCAAUGGCUUCAGUCCUGGUCUCUUAGAUCUACAUUCCUUUGAUACGGAGCUUAUUUCUGAGGUGCCGGUAGCUGGAACUUAUGGUGCUCCAAUGUACAACUCUACUCGUGGCAGGAGCUUUGAUGAUGCAGAACCAUAUUUUGGGAAUAGCAAACAGACGGGUAAAGCUCGAGGUGUCCCUGAUAACAACAUUUUGAAAAGUUUUGCUUCAGAAAAAGAGAAGACAAGCUCUGUUGCAAAGAUCAAAGUUGUGGUGCGUAAGAGACCCUUAAACAAAAAGGAGUUGGCAAAGAAUGAGGAAGAUAUCAUCACUACACAGAGCCAUGCCAAUUCCCUUACGGUUCAUGAGACAAAACUUAAGGUAGAUUUGACAGAAUACAUGGAAAAGCAUGAAUUUGUUUUUGAUGCAGUACUAAACGAGGAGGUCUCUAAUGAUGAGGUUUAUCGCGAAACUGUUGAGCCCAUUGUUCCAAUAAUUUUCCAACGUACUAAAGCUACUUGCUUUGCAUAUGGACAAACAGGAAGUGGAAAGACUUUCACAAUGAAACCGUUACCUCUUAAAGCAUCUCGGGAUAUCUUGAGGCUGGUGAACCAUACCUAUCGCAGCCAAGGUUUUUAUUUGUAUUUCAGCUUCUUUGAGAUAUACGGUGGGAAACUUUAUGAUCUCCUUAACGACAGAAAAAAAUUGUGCAUGAGAGAGGAUGGUAAACAACAAGUAUGCAUUGUGGGUUUGCAAGAAUAUAGAGUCUCGGAUGUGGAAACAAUCAAGGAGUUCAUAGAAAGAGGGAAUGCAACAAGAAGUACUGGCACGACUGGUGCCAAUGAAGAAUCUUCCCGAUCACAUGCCAUACUUCAACUCGUCAUCAAAAGAUCUGUUGAUGGAAGCGAAUCUAAACCUCCGCGAGUUGUUGGCAAACUCUCAUUCAUUGAUCUUGCUGGAAGUGAACGCGGUGCAGACACAACAGAUAAUGAUAAGCAAACAAGAAUGGAAGGUGCAGAGAUUAAUAAAAGCUUGCUUGCCUUGAAGGAAUGCAUAAGAGCUCUUGAUAAUGACCAGGGUCAUAUUCCUUUUCGAGGCAGUAAAUUAACUGAAGUUUUGAGGGAUUCGUUUGUUGGAAAUUCUCGAACUGUUAUGAUAUCUUGCAUUUCACCAAAUGCUGGAUCAUGUGAGCAUACGCUCAAUACCUUGCGAUAUGCUGACAGGGUCAAAAGCCUCUCAAAAGGCAACAAGAAAGAUGCGAUAUCUUCGACUCUAAACGUGAAGGAAUCAAUGUCAGUGCCAUUAUCUUCCGUGUUGCCCCCGGUUUCACCCUAUGAUGAUGGUAUGGUUGAUUCAUAUCCCGAACAAGCCGAUGAAGAUGAUUACGACACUACCGAAGAGUUCUAUGAAACCGAGCAGCCAUCAUGGAAGAAUAAUGCAAAAGCUGAGGCAUACGGCUCGUUAAACGGUCAAGAUAAGAGCCGGAGAAUCAAUGUUCAAACAAAAUUAAAGGAGCCACCGAAACCUGACUCAAGAAACUGGAAUCAGGAUGAUGAUUUGAAUGCCCUUUUAAAGGAGGAGGAAGAUCUUGUGAAUGCUCAUCGGAAACAAGUGGAGGAUACCAUGGAUAUCGUUAGAGUGGAGAUGAAGCUAUUGGUGGAGGCAGACGAACCAGGAAACCAGUUAGAUGAGUAUAUACAAAAAUUGAACACAAUCUUGGCUCAGAAGGCUGCAGCCAUUCAGCAACUACAGAACCGCUUGGCUCACUUUCAAAAGCGACUUAGGGAGCAUGAUGUUUUAGUGUCAUCUGGUCUUUAAAUGGUAUUCCAGCCAAGCCAAGCCAAGCCAAGCCAGCCAUUUAUGAUUUGGUCAAAAUGUAAAGCUAUCUGACCUUCUUGGUUAUGGCCAUAUGCCAAUCUUUGUCAUUCAUUAUUGUAAACCCAUGCUGCUGCUUUGAUAAAAAUGAUUCAUUUUC